AUGUCCGCGACAAUCCUGUUGGACAGCCGGCAUACUCAUUACACCAACCUUGACUUCCUGUCUGGCAAGGUUGUGCUCGGUUUACAUACUGAAGCAGCGAUCGGCGGCAUCCAGGUCAAGUUGGAGGGCGAGAGUCGCACGCGCCUGUCCGGUCCUCGGAACCCACAGAAUGUGAACUCCGAUAAGAAGCGGACAGAGCUGGAGGUCCACAAGAUCUUGUACAAGGUCGCGACCGUCUUCCCUACGCCGGGUGUCAUGCAGCAAGGGUCGCCAGCUACAUCGUAUACGUUCGCCCCAGGGACGUACGAAUAUCCAUUCCAGUUCAAGUUCCCUUUCAACAAUGCUUGCAGCACCCACAAUAGCAUGCUCACCAACCUCAACUUUAGCGGGUUGAAAGUUGAGAUGGCCCGAGACACCAAUCGCCAUGUCAAGAAGACUCUGCCUCCCUCGUUGAGUGGUUUCCCCGGUGAGGCCGACAUCAAAUAUUUCGUCAAGGCAACGGUCAUUCGGCCACAGUUUUACAAAGAGAAUAUCCGGGCGCUCGUGGGCUUGAAUUUCUUGCCGAUUGAGCCACCCCGAACUGGCAAUCCCAACGAGGAGACUUACGCAAGGCGGCAACACCAAUUCUCCAAGAUCUCCAAGAAAAAAAAUCUGUUCUCGCGCGUUUCUAAUGCCGCACUUGGAGACAUUUAUGCGGAACCUCCUCGAGUGGCCUUGGAUGCUCGCCUCCCCAACCCGUCUAUUCUCACAUGCAACGAACCAGUUCCACUUCGUCUAAUCGCUAGGAAGUUGACCGAAACCUCAGACAUUAUCUUUCUCCAAAUGCUACAAGUGGAACUAAUUUCGUACACCAAAAUCAUUGCCCAUGAUCUUACUCGCAAAGAAACUGGCUCCUGGGUCAUUCUGAGCCGCAGCAACAUGCAAACCCCGAUGGGCAAACCGGGCGAUGCGGUAGGCACCGAUUGGGUUAUUGACCCUAACUUGUGGAACCAUCUACCUCUACCUAACUCGGUUGCGCCAUCCUUUGAGACGUGUAAUAUCGAGAGAACUUAUGAGCUGGAAGUGCGAGUUGGUCUAACCCAUGGCACCGUCAAGGAAAUGAAGCCGCAACUCAUUGUUCUGCCAUUACGAAUGCCGGUCAGGGUUUACUCUGGAAUUGCUCCCCCUCAGGCCCUCCUGGAUGCUAUGGCAGCGGCAACUCUUCAACCAUCACCUUCAAAACCAUCAUCUCGACCCAGCUGGCCGACAAACGAAGGUAGCAGCCGGCCGCCUAUGCCCCCACGACCAAUGGAUGCGCCAGUGCCCGUCAGUACUGCCGAGGUUUACGAUGAUGCACCGCCCAGCUAUGAGGAUGCCAUGGCGGAAAACCUAAGCCCGGUGGAUGGACCACGCCGCGAGUAUCACCCACCAGAUACCUCUUCUUCCGGGGGUGCCAUGGACUCUGGAACUGAUGCCAAAUCGGCAGCCGAAACGGGGAAGGCCCGUGAGGAGAGCCCGGCGCCAGAGGGAUCUUCAGCGCUUCCUUACUGCCGCGACAGCCGCUCGUCCUCGGAAUCCUUUGACAUGCUACCCACCACUCCGCCCGAGUCUCAUUCUGGAUCCCCCUCCACGUCUCCGGUCAGACGUUCACAAAGUACCAUGAAGGUCCCCCGGAAUCCCGUGGAUGAGGAAAGCCCUCCGCAGUACCAGCCUGUUGCCGAGAGCCACCAACUUGCCCCAAGUGCCGUGGAGCGACAGCCUUCCCGGAACAAUCUUCGCCCCAUGAAUCUCGGCGUGCCUACCCGAAAACCUGUCCCGAGCCCGAAUAGACGAGGACACUCUUGA